UGUAAGAAGAGUGAGUGAAUUAAACCACUUCGGCGGAAGAGCCAGGGAGCAGAUGCCGCAGAUGUGGCCCCCUUCCCUUUCCAGACUCCGUAGCACCUGGACCUUCACUCCCCUCCAGCCCUCGGAGAGUUUGGGGGAAGCCCCUGCGGGUGGGAUGGGCUUGAGGGUCGGGAUGGAGCCUGACUCCCGGCUUUGGGAGGGCAGUGGGCAGCGCUGGGGAAUAACGCCCCGGACCCGGAGCCCCGGCGGCACAGCCCCAGACUUCCUGGAAAGCCCAACAGUCUAGACGUGCUGGGUUUAGAUCUCCCCUCUCCGAGAGUUCUCAGGAAGUUUGGGGGAGGGGCGAGCCGCUGUCUCCCCUUCGGGCGCGGGAGGCUGAGCCGGGACUGCGGCAGCGGCAGGUCUCCAGCUGUCACGUCCCCGCCCACGGGCGGGCUCCGGGGCUCCCGAGAGGGGCGGCCGGGCGCGGGCGGGGGGCGGCGGCGGGCAGAGCGCGCCGGCCGGCAUGGAGGGACUGGUCCUGCUCAACGCCCUGGCCACCCGGCUGCUGUUCCUGCUGCACUCGCUGGUUGGGGUCUGGCGAGUGACCGAGGUGAAGAAGGAGCCGCUGUACUGGCUGCUCGCGCUGCUCAACCUCUUGCUCUUUCUGGAGACUGGGCUCACCCUCAAGUUCAAGCGCGGCAGAGGCUACAAAUGGUUUUCACCAGCCAUAUUUAUAUAUCUGAUUAGCAUUGUUCCAUCAUUAUGGCUUCUUGAAAUGCACCAUGAGACCCAGCAUUGCAGUAGCCAAUCUGAAGGGAUGUCACAAAAUACCAGCAGCAAAGAAAACUUCAAUCAAACUUUGAUGUCAAGUGAACAAGCCAAUGGAGCAGAUGAUCUCAUUAAGACGGCCAAAGUUUUUGUAAAUAACUUAUCUACAGUAUGUGAAAAAGUUUGGACUUUGGGACUCCAUCAGACAUUCUUGCUAAUGCUCAUAAUUGGAAGAUGGCUUCUACCCAUUGGAGGCGGGAUCACUAGGGACCAACUCUCGCAACUUCUCCUUAUGUUUGUGGGAACAGCUGCUGACAUACUGGAAUUCACAAGUGAGACCCUGGAGGAACAAAAUGUGAGGAAUAACCCUGCCCUAGUCUAUGCCAUCCUUGUUAUAUGGACCUGGAGCAUGCUGCAGUUUCCACUUGACCUGGCAGUACAGCAUGUCGUCUGCCCCUUGUCUGUGGCAAUGAGGGGGUUCCCCAGUCUGUUUUUUUGCCAGUACAGUGCCGAUCUGUGGAACAUUGGAAUCAGCAUCUUCAUACAAGAUGGUCCCUUCCUUGUCGUGCGUCUCAUAUUGAUGACCUAUUUCAAAGUGAUAAACCAGAUGCUGGUGUUCUUUGCCGCAAAGAAUUUCCUUGUGGUGGUGUUGCAACUCUAUCGCUUGGUGGUGCUGGGGCUGGAUGUCCAUGCUUCCUUGCGAAAUCGGCCAGGAAGACUGAAAGCAGAGCACAGCUGCUUGUGUGAGCCAGCUGUGAGUGGGAUCUCACCAGGAGAUUGGGCGAGUGGCUCUAAUGGGGGCUUGGGUACCCCCUUGCAGGCCUUGCCUGUCACCCCUGAGCACUCUCACCCCACACCGUAGUUCCUUACUGACAGCAGCAUGCAGCUAGAACGUUCGACUUUCUGGUUCCUCUUACAGACAGAAUCUACCCACCCCCUUCUUUUUUAACUUUGGCAUGUAAUAAUUUUCAAAGGAACAACAUAAAAAGUGAUCUUAAGCCAAAGCCGAGGAAUUUUCUUUUUUCGACUGAAUGGAAAGAACUUUGAUUAGUGGCUAUCGCUACAACUUCUGUGUGAUGGUAUCAGAUGUUAUAGUUGUUCAACGACUAAGUGAUUUGUUUGUCUUGAACUGUUUGAAAAGCUAUGGACAGGGUUACAGUGACAUGCCCUCAAAAAGAUUUAGUGCAGACAAACUGUCACGGCUGUUACCUGAAAAUAGAGAAGCUUUGAACUUUGGCUCCAUUGUCAGACUAUCUCAUCUGAUCUUUUCUGCAAUGUCCCUGACAUCAAAAAAUGUACAUUCAGUGAAUGCAGAACAAAUGAAGGGAAAAGUGCUUUUAAAAUUACCUCACUGUGAGCUGGAAGCAGUGAAAAUCUCUGCCCAGCUUCCAUGGCAUUGAGAGCCCUCUUCAUCGCUGCACAGACCUUCCCAGGAAAAUCAUUUUUCUGGGCUGAUGUGGUAUUCUGUCAUGGCGCAUAUGCUCUUACAGAAAUUUUAUUGCUUUUGGCUUGGGCACUGCGAAAUUCACAGCAAGCCAUUUCGGUUGUGAGGCAGGAAAUACUGGUAAUGCUAGCAAAGUCACAAUUUCCACCCUGAAACAUGAUUUGUGGUAUUCGUCAGUAUUUUUCUUAACUCUACUUUACCUUUUUCUCCAUUGCCAAGUUGAAUUAUGUGGGUUGAAGCAAGGAAGCACUGAAGCAGUGAAUAAAGGUGUUUCAGUCCCUUUAAGUGUUACCAUAGUUUCUGGAGUCCGCCAGUGGUAGGCAGGACUCCUCUGAGCUGCCACUAUGGAGCCGAGCCUGCCUUUGGUCUCAGGGAAGGUACUGGGGCUGGAGGCUGGCAUCAGCCCUACACACAGCCAACAGCCGUUGAUUAGUGACAGGGCUCAGAAGAUGCCACCACAUUGUGAAUGUCAGAAAAUUCGCUUUUCUUGCCUGCAUUAACGACUUCACUUUCCCAGUGUUGAAAUAGCCAUACGUUACCCUUUAUACACAUCUGUACUUUCUAGAUGGAGGUCAUUCAGAACCUUUUGAAAUGAUUUUUGCUUUUAAGAUGCAGUGUGGAAAGUUACCUGACUAUAUAGCAGUAAUUACAUGUGGGGCAAGCAGUUCCAAAACUCUUCUGUUAGGGUUCAAGGCACAAUUCCUGCUUGUUAGUAUGCUGAGGAAUUCAAAAGGACAUGAAAGAUAAGACACAGUAUGACCUUAAGUUGGGUGUGGCUGUGUGACAACCAAUCAGAACAAUUUUAUCUAUAAAUCUGUGUGAAUGAUAUCUGCUCAAAGCAUUGGGUAAAAAGUUUCCUAGGCAAAUUCUGUUUUUAUACAGAGAAAUUGGUAUUUUCCACUUCAUGGCUUUGGUGCCUCAUAACGCCUUUCUGUUUCUUCCUCUUCUUCCUUGUGCUUCUAAUUUUAACAAGGUGAUGAUUAUAAAACUUACAUGUGAAACUAACGGAGAACAUUUGUAAUUUUCAUAAUAAUUUUGUGAACCUUAAGACCAGGAAAUUAUAUUUAUAUAAAGUAAAGAACUUGACAACUUUUAAGGGCGUGUUAUUUAAAAUGCUUAGCAAUUGGAAGCAAAAUAAUAACUGCUACUAUUUAUAAGAGUGCCUCGCGGAAUCUGUUUUUAUGUUGACUGUUUUAUGUUGAAUGUUUUCCUCCACAACAUGUAUGUGCUGCUUAUUACUGCAGAGUUGCUCAUGGCAUACUUUUCAUGUUUUAAUUUUUUUUCUCCCAGCAAAACAAACAUUGAACAUCUAAAAAUAGAUAAACUAUAAAGUAGUACGAGCUGUUGCAAGGAUAUUUUUAAAUGCUUUCAAAAAUGA